UAAGAAAAUUUAGAACAAAUUCAACUAUAAAAUUAAAAUUUUUGUAAUAAAUCAUUGAUUUGUCAUCGUUUCAUUUUCAUGUAAUAAUAUUGUGGGUUGUUGUAUUUUUUAAUUUUAAGAUGUCCUGUUUGUUAAGUUACACAUUUUAGUAUAAAAGUUGAAUUUACAUUUCUUUACAAUGGAAAUCCGAAACUCGGAGGAUAAGGAUGAUAACUUCGAAAGAUUAACAAAAGAAGAAAUUUGGAGCAAAUACCAAGACGAAAUCCAUUCUUUGAAAAAACAAAAUGAGGAUUUACAUGAACGAGAAAAAAUGUGGGAACAAAAAUGUCUUGAUCAACAGCAUAUUUAUGAGCAGUCAGAAAGACAGGAACUACUUGAAAAAACCAAACAAUUACAAGAUGCAGAAUUAAAGAUAAAUCAGCAACAAGAAACCAUCAAUAAAUUAAAGAAUCAAAAAAUAGUUGAGAACUCUGAUGAAGUAGAUGCAUUAAAAAAAAAACUUCAAAGUAACAAACUUGCAUUAGAUGCUAUCAAAAAAAGUCUAGACAACGAAAAGGCUUUUCGUAUCUGUGCCGAAGAAGAAGUAAAAUCCCUUAAAGCUCAAAUAAAUUAUCAAACAGAAAAACAAAAUUCUUUAGAACGCGACAAUGCAAUAUUAAUUAAAGAAAAGCAAUCAUUAGAAAUAUCAAAAAACAAAGUCAGUAAACAAUGUAAUGAGUUGGUUGAAAAAAUUAUAUUACUGGAAGAACAUUGUGAUAAAAAAGAACAGGCUUUCGAUGAGCAAGCAAAGUAUAUUAGUGAACUUGAAGAUAAUCUUACUGACCUUAAAGAAAAUUUAAACUAUUGCAACGACCUAAAAGAAGAAAAAAUUAAGUUGUUAAAUCAAAUUGAACAUAUAUCAAGGUGUAUUCAAACGCUUGAGAAUGAACGUGAUAUGUAUGUACAAAAUUUACAGAAAACCCAAAGUCAAGAAUUUGAACUUCAGAAUAUUGUAAGGACGUUAAAAAGUGAACUAAAUCAAAAAAACGAGUGUCUAAAUAAAACUAUUGAGAAUAAUUCAACUCUGAGUUAUACUAACUCAAAUUUAAGAACCCAAAUAAAUAAUUUACAAACUAAUUUUUCAAGCUGUUUACAAUUUUUCGAUGAAGUUUUUGAUAGUCAUAUUAAAAUUAACACAAAUGAAGAAAAAAAAAAGGAGUGUUCUGGCUUAGUAUCUAUCUUGAAAUCAUAUUUAAACAACACUCUUGAUCUUUUGGAAAAAACCCUGUUAGAAUUUAAAAUACACAAACAUAACUAUCAAGACUCUAUUUUGGCAUUGAAAGAUGAACUUAAUAACAAAGAAGAAUAUAUUACUAUAUUAAGAAAAGAAACAAAAGAUGUACGCAACAGAGAAAUACAGGCUACUGAUUCCAAUUUAAUGGUUAAUACAACAGCUGUUCAUACAGAUACAUCAGCUUUGCAAAACUCAAAUGUUUUGGUUACUAAUAUUUUUGAGGAACUUAAUCAAAACUUAUCAUAUGUCAGUGAAAUCAAGACUGAUUUAAUACCAAAGCAAAAACAACUUGUAGCCGAAUGUAAUAUGUUUGUUUUGGACAAAAUUAAAGACCUGGAAGAUAUAUAUAAUACAAAAAUUCAGUGUAUAGGUAGUUUAUACAAGACAAUUAACCAAAUGAAAAGUGAAAUAGAUCAAAAAGAUGAUGUGAUUAAAGUACGUAAAGAUGAGUUGUCAGUAUUAAAUAAUAAAUUAGAAGAAAAAAAUUUAAUUUGCCAUGAAUUGGAAACCGAGUUACUAAGUUAUAGGGAUAAUUUUGAUUGUUCAAGCACAACAUCAAUUUCUAGAGCAGAUGAAAUGCAUAGAAUGCGAGAAAUAGAAGAUAGCCAAGAUGAGCGGUUACAAAAAUUAAAAACAAUUGCAAUUAAACAGAAAAAAGUAAUAGCUGAUUUAAAACAAUCAUUAGAAAAAGAAAUAAAAAAACAUAAUCUAGAAAAAAAUGAACUUCUUGCAAAACUUACAGCUUCGGUUAAUCAAGGAAAACUUGUUCAAUGUUUACAACAGCAGUACGAUAUUAAAUGUGACGAAUAUGAUGAAAAAUGUACAGAAGUUAAAGGCAUGUUAACAAAAUUAAAAGACGGAGAAAAUCAAUUAUUGGAACAAACUAAUUUAUGCACAUCUUUAAAAUCAAAAAUUGAUGAGUUAAAAAAUGAUUUAGUCAGUGCUAAUAAAACAAUAAAAAGCCUAAAAGAUCUUGAAAAAACAUUUUCAUCUAAACUCGAAGCACUAAAGCAAGAAAAAGCUGCUAGUGAUAUUAUGAGGAUGGAUAAAGAAGAACAUGUUAAAGAACUCACAAGCGCUUUGAAAACAACCAAAGACAAAAUAAAACAUUUAGAAUCUGAAAUAAGUACGCUAAAGGCAGAAAAAAAGAAGAUAAACAUUCGCGACCUCGAACUCAAUUCCUAUGAAAAAACUCUGGAUGAACUUUCUCAGAAAAUUAAAGAAGAAAAAUCACUUAGCCAAAACCUGGAACAAGAGCUCAAUAAUGCAAACAGUGUUAUUGAUUCAUUACAUGAACAAAUAAAACAUUUAGCAAAUACUAUUUCUACUGAACAAAAUAGGAAUAAACAAAUUUCACAUCAAAUGGAAUUGUGUAGAACUGGUUUGAAUAAUGCUGAAUCAUUAUUAAAUGAAAGAGAAAACUCUUUACUAAUAUGUCAAGCUGAUUUAGACCAAGAAAAAGCAUUAAAUAAAAAUCUCACUGAUAAAUAUAAUCAAAUACAGUCACAAUACGACACCGAAAAAGAAUAUUAUCAAUCACAGCAUGCAUUACUGAAUGACAAGAUUCGUAGAUUACAAACAGAAUUGAAAUCAGCAAAUAUAUCCAUCGCUAAAUACACCCAAGAAAACCAAAGCCUGUUAGAAGAGUUUGAAGCAUACAAAUUACGAGCACAUAGUGUCUUUCAAAAACACAAACAAGACACUGCCUAUAAUGUUAAAGUUGCCGAGCUUACUGAUCAACUUCAUGAAGUCACCGAUGCUUUAAAUCAGUGUAAAACUAACAUUCAAUCUGUAUCAUCCGAAUUGACUGGAAAAGAAACUGAGGUUGGUUUAUUACAAAACGAAGUAGAAAAGUAUGAAAAACGACUAAGUAACAUGACAAAAACACUAUCAAUAAAAGACAAAGAAAUUUACCAAUUAAAUGUUGAAAUUGAAAAAAUUAAAUCUAAAUUAGAAGAUGAAAUCAGAGUUCUAAAUGAAAAAAUUUUAAACAAUCAAAUGCUGUAUGAAUCAGAAAUAGACAGGUUGGAACAAAUAGUUCUUAAGGAAGAAGAAGCACGUGUCUUAAAUCCUGAACCAAGUACUGCCCUACCUGAGGCGUCAGAGUUUAAACUUAAGAAAUCAUUAUCUGCGUCCCAUAUUCAAGACGAUGACGAAAUAUAUUCGGAGUUUGAAAGUUCAAAUGAAUCUAUGAGAAAACUGAGCAAAGGAGGACUUAUGCCUUUAGAAGAUUUGUUAACAUUCGACAAUAACAGUGUAAGUGAUGCUAUAAAUGAGUUGAACACUACACGUAAACAGUUAAAGCAAUUAACAGUCAUGUUAAAUGAAACUGAAAAGAACUGUUCUCGUUACGAACAACAAAAUAAGUUCCUUAAAGAAGAUAUAAGAAGGUUGCAGCGUAGUGUAGACAGAAAUGAAGAAAUAAAAAAUAUGGAGUACUUAAAAAAUAUUAUAUUUAAGUUUAUAACAUUGUCAAAUGGAGUAGAAAAAUGUCAUUUAGUUCCAGUAAUCAACAAGUUGCUCAAACUCAGUCCCGAAGAACAAAAACAAAUUGAAUCCAUUGCUAAAGGUGCUAUAACAGAUCAAAAUUCAAGUUGGUCAAAUUUGUUUACAUGGACACAAGGAUCGUAAACUAAUAAAAGUAUUUAAAUAAUAAAUACGCUUUAUACUAUUUUUGGUAUUACUGGUACUACUGCCCUGCUGCUUACGUGUAUAAGUAUUAUAUUUUAUUUAGACGGUUCAUUAUUUUUAUCUACCCUAAUCAUGUGAUAUCAUUAAAUGUUUAUA